UGAACCGUUUUCAAUGCGCCGUGGAUAACUUCACCUUUUACUGUAUCUGGGCUUUUAAUGAGCCUUUCGGAAACGGAUAGAUGUUCUGUAGUUCAUUCCCCAAACCGCUACUCUAAUGAUUCUUUUUAAACCCGUCUAGUUAGCUGCGGGAGUUGUUUAGCAACUGUACCCCGUGCUAGUUUUAGCCGCUCGUUAGCUAAUACGUUAGCAUCACGUUGGACUUAACAACACACAGCGGGUUUAAAAGUAGCUACCGACCAUUUUGCUUCAUGUGCUGGUUUAAACUCAACCAUUACGUAAUUAACAGCUGUAUAACGUUAGCAGGCUCUACGUGUCUCAUUGAUUAGCCUGUCAGCUAACACGCGCUGUAGUCUUUUGCUGCACUGCAGCUAAACACAAAUGACCGCCAGAAUCACGUCGUAAUGUAAACACGGUGAGCUUCGAGCCCCAGUUCGUUGUCGGUGCAACGAUGCAUUGGUGAAACUGUGAUAUAAUUAAGACAUAAAUAUGUGUUUGGAACAUGCACGACUAACAGAAAAAGUGAAAUGGAAUAUAAACAGUUGAUCUAGUUAGUAAAAAAGAUCCAAGUACACCAGGUGAAAAGAAAAACAUAGCAAUGACUGACAGGCGGUGCAGAGUGGAUGCUGAUGGGGGACGAAAAGGAGACCUGGAAAGUUAAAACUCUUGACGAAAUCCUACUUGAGAAGAAACGUAGAAGAGAAUUAGAAGAGAAAACAGACCCCAAGCGCCAGAAAAAUUUCACACAGAGCCUUGUUCCACAGGCGGAUGAUCGGGAAUCCAAACGAGACACUCCGGAGGAAGGAGAACUACAGGAUCAAAGAAUGGAAAUAACAAUUCGUAAUUCCCCGUACACACGGGAAGACUCGACAGAGGACAGAGGAGAGGAAGAUGACUCAUUAGCUAUCAAGCCUCCACAGCAGAUAGCGAGGAAAGACAAAUCUCACCACAGAAAGGAGGAAAAGAGAAAAGAUAAGAGACGUCACCGUAGUCACUCUGAUGAAGGAGUAGUUAAACAUGUCCGACCGAAAGACAAAGAAAAAGAGCGAGAGAGUGAGCGCAGGAAGCGUCUGUGGGAGGAGGACAAAGCCCGGCGAGACUGGGAGAGACAGAAACGAAGGGAACAGGCCAGAGCUCAUUCUCGAAGAGAGAGACCUCGAGUGGAAUCUCCUGGGUUUUUUUUGGACCACAGGGACCGCCUGGAGCAGCAGGAGCGCCAGCGUGAACGGGAUAGAAAGCUGCGAGAACAGCAGAAAGAGCAACGAGAGCUCAAGGAACGAGAGAGGAGGGCAGAGGAGCGACGCAAAGAAAGAGGGGGUCGACGAGAAGUGCCGUCUCACCACAGGAUGCUCCCUGAUGACUAUGAUGAUAAGACAAAACAAACUCACCGCAGCCGCAGUCCCACCCGCCUUCCCCAAAACAGAACAGAACACAGCGAACAACGGACGAGUGCAACAUUGAAGGAUGAGAAGCCGGAUGGCAAAGACCUGCUCGCAGACCUUCAGGACAUCAGUGACAGUGAAAGGAAGACCAGCAGUGCAGAAUCCUCCAUAGCGUCAGGAUCAGGCUCUGAGGAAGAGGAUGACGAAGAUGAAGAGGAGUCCAGCAGCCAGAGUGAGGGUGCGGAAGAAGAGGGGGAUGAAGGGGAGUCAGUCACAGGCUCAGAAAGGUCUGAGCAGAGUGCAGAGGAUGUGAGUGAGGACGAGCAGUCGGAGGAGGACUUCGAAGAGGAGAGGGAAAAUGGAAAUCACAUCCCUGCAGUGCCUGAGUCCCGUUUUGACCACGACUCAGAGGAAAGUGGAGAAGACAUGGAGGAUGAUGAUGAGGAGGAGGAUGAGGAUGAAGCAGGUGACGGUGACCCCACUCCUCAGUCUCAGACUCACUCACGCUCCCCCACUCCCGAAGAGAAUUACAUCCCAGACUCUCCCCCAAUUUCACCUGUGGAGCUGAAGAAGGAGCUGCCAAAGUAUCUGCCUGCUUUACAGGGUUGUCGCAGUGUUGAGGAGUUCCAGUGUCUGAACCGAAUAGAGGAGGGAACCUAUGGUGUAGUGUACAGAGCCAAGGACAAAAAGACAGAUGAGAUUGUGGCCCUGAAAAGGCUGAAGAUGGAGAAGGAGAAGGAGGGCUUCCCCAUAACCUCUUUAAGAGAAAUCAAUACCAUUCUGAAAGCUCAACACCCAAACAUCGUCACCGUGAGGGAAAUAGUUGUUGGAAGCAAUAUGGACAAGAUCUACAUCGUGAUGAACUAUGUAGAACAUGACCUGAAGAGUCUGAUGGAAACCAUGAAGCAGCCCUUCCUACCAGGUGAAGUAAAGACUCUGAUGAUUCAGCUGCUUCGAGGAGUCCGACAUCUCCAUGACAACUGGAUUCUGCACCGUGACCUGAAGACGUCCAAUCUGCUGCUGAGCCACAAGGGAAUCCUCAAGAUUGGCGACUUUGGUUUGGCGCGGGAGUACGGUUCCCCCCUGAAGCCGUACACGCCUGUAGUGGUGACCCUGUGGUACCGGUCGCCAGAUUUGCUGCUUGGAGCCAAGGAGUACUCCACAGCUGUGGACAUGUGGUCAGUGGGCUGCAUAUUUGGCGAGCUCCUGACCCAGAAGCCUCUGUUCCCUGGAAAAUCUGAAAUUGACCAAAUUAACAAGAUUUUUAAGGAUCUGGGGUCACCGAGUGAGAAGAUCUGGCCCGGCUACAACGAGCUGCCCGCUGUGAAGAAGAUGACUUUCACAGAGUAUCCCUACAACAACCUGCGAAAGCGAUUUGGAGCACUGCUCUCAGACCAGGGCUUUGACCUCAUGAACAAAUUUCUUACUUACUGCCCCAGUAAGAGGAUUGUGUCCGAUGAGGCACUGAAGCACGAGUACUUCAGAGAGACGCCACUGCCCAUUGAACCGUCCAUGUUCCCCACCUGGCCGGCCAAGAGCGAGCAGCAGAGGGUGAAGAGAGGCACCAGUCCCCGUCCACCCGAGGGAGGCCUGGGCUAUGCUCAACUGGGUGACGAUGACCUAAAGGACACAGGCUUUCACCUGACAACCAGCAACCAGGGAGUGUCGGCAGUCGGUCCAGGAUUCAGCCUCAAAUUCUGAGCCCAGGAUUGCACGACACCUGGCUGUCGAACUGAGGAAGAGGGGGAGCAAAGAGUUCUGGGACUUUUUGGAUUAAUGUCUGAUCCAUUACAACUCUCACCAAAGAGUCAGGACUGUCUCACAGCAAGACUGGUGGCUCGAAAAAUAUAGAAUUUUCCCCUCCACUUUUAAGCCACUUCUCUGUAUUUUCAAGCCAUUUUACCAUUUCACAAAUGGUCAUUUUAGCUCAUAAACAGAAGACAACGAUAAAUCUGUCAGAACUUCAGCUCUCAUGUUUGACUUUUAUUUUUAUUUUCCCUUUUAUACUUCAUGAGAGAGGAGCUGAUUUUAUAAAUGGUUGGCAUUUCCUGGCUGCCUGAGCUACUGUAUAAUGAUGCAGAAUUGGCUGUGUUUUCCCUCCAGCAUAAUGUUAAAAAUUUACUUGGGCCUGUCAGCUCACUUGAUGACAGCGGGACGAUGUUUUUGUUAGAAAUAAAGCUUGAAACUUUG